UAAUUAUCACUUAGCGAGAUUUUAUUUUCUCUAAAGUGACAUCGUCGUUCAACAAAAAUUUCUUUUUAUCCGGAAAAAAUAGUGAGAUAUAAUAAUAUCCAAACAUCAAAGAUAAAAUGUCAAGCAUCGUGAUUGUGAUCAGUUUUUCAUUAUUGAUUAUUGUUUCAUUUUGUGGUAAUACUUUAGUUUGUCGGACAUUAUUCCGACAACGGCGUUUUUGUGCCAAUUCAACUAAUGUAUUGAUUGGAAUGUUAGCUAUAUCCGAUCUAAUGAUGACCAUAUUUAAUAUACCAUUCACUGUUGCCGAUAUUAUUCUCAACGAUUGGAUAUUUGGUGAUUUUGUUUGUAUAUUAGUUUCGUUUGUACAAGCAAAUUCUGUAUAUGUUUCUAGUUUUACAAUGGCUGUGAUUGCAAUCGAUCGUUGUAAAGCUAUCUAUAAAUUUCGGCCUAAACAAACAUCAAAUGAUGCAAAUACAACAACAGCAACAACAAAUAAUAAUAAUCAUAAUGAUAAAAAUAUUAACGGAAACGCUGGUACCUCCAGUGAAAAUAUAGAAUCAUCUACUAAUAGAACCAAUGAUGAUGGUGGUGGAAAUAGUUGUUGUUGUCUAAUGGAUUGUUAUAUUUUCAAUAUAUUAUGUCCGUUGUUUCGAUCCACUAAUAAAUCUGUUCAUCUUAAUUGUUCACAAUCAGAAUCAUCAUCAAAAACACGUACAACAACAACAACAACAACAAGAUUUAAAUUAGAGCUUAGAACCAAAAUGAUUUUAAUCAUAUCUGCUAUAUGGAUAAUGGCAGCAUUACAUUCAUUGCCACAUACAGUUUUUAAUCGUGUCACUGUAAUUGAAGUGGAUAAUAUUAUUGUCGAUUCAGAAAUGAAAAGUACUAGCAAUAAGAAUCGUGGUACUAAUCCAAGAAAUGAUUUUAAACAAAGAAUUGAAACAACUGACAUUGCAAUUAUUGAGGAUUUUAAUAUCUUGGAUUCUGAUGAAAAUAGUAAUUAUAAGUAUCCCAUAUCAUCAUCAUCAUCAUCAUCAUCAACAACAACAACAACAAUGAUAAUGGAAAUGAAUAAAACACGCACAAUAAGACGAUGUAUACCGAUAACGCCUAGCUGGUUUGGACCAAAAUUUAGUCUUUGGUUAACAUUAUAUACGACAGCAACACAAUAUAUUAUACCAUUAUCUUGUGCAGCAAUCAUAUAUACACGAAUUGCCUUUACAAUAAAUUCUCAGGGUAAAGUUGGCCAAAUGACUGAAUCAAGAGCUGAAAAGAUUAAUAAACAUAAACGUCGCCGUUUAUUGAUGUUAGCAUUAAUUGUUGCUAUAUUUGCUAUUUGUUGGUUACCAUUUAAUGUUUAUUAUCUUUUAUUGGAUUUUGGUAUUACUAAAUCAUACAAUCAUACGGCAUUUUUAUUCUGUCUUUGGUUAGCAACAAGUUCAGUAUGUUAUAAUCCAUUUGUUUAUUGUUGGCUAAACAAAAGUUUUCGUCAAGAAGCAAAAAAUGUAUGGAAUUGUUUAACUCAAUUGUUUCCCUGUCGCUUUUUUUGUCGUUGUUGUUAUAGUGGUACGAAUGAACGACAACCAUCUCAAGAUCAAAAUCAAUUUUCACGACAAAAUCAACCGGAUCAAAAUAUAUCAAAACAACCAUAACACAAUAUAUUGAAAAUCCAGAUCAAAAUUCAAGUAGAACUUUAUCAUCAUCAUCAUCAUAAUGAAUAAUUAUCAUUAUAUAU